CUCCCCGAGGAAAUCCGUCAUUAGCGGAAGAGCCGGGAGUCGAGUCCGUCCGAGAUGAAGUUGGCGGUGUGCCUCUGCCUUCAGUUCGCGAUCUGCAAUGCGUUGGAGAGUCGCGAGGGGAAGAAGAUCCUCUGGGCGGUCAUGGUCCAUGGCGGGGCUCACAUGAUCGUGGCUCGGACGAUCUCGAAGGUCCUGAAAGCAAAAGGACACAAUGUCACUUUUCUCGCCUACGACUCCGACAAAGUCAACACGACGAACCUGCAAAGUUACAUGAGAGUCCGUGGACAAAAUGACGACGGCAGCCUGUUGUUAGCCGACGAGACCGGCAAAUUCAUCUAUCCCUACGCUGCAAUAUGGAGCGAAUCCAAGCUGGAUAUUUACAACAGUCUCCUUCUCUUCCUCCAAACGCCGGAAUUCAUGUGCCGAGCCGUCCUGGACGAUCCGAACGUGAUCGAACGGAUCUCUCGAGAGAAAUUCGACCUGGCCAUCGUGGAUUACACGAGCAACGGAUGCAUCUAUGCCCUCAUGCAUCGUCUUAACAUUCCGUAUGUCAGCGUGAUUUUAUCCAAGGGAUUCGACCAAACUGUGUUUCCUCAAAAUCCAGCCACAGUUGGCGUCCUGCUGUCUAGACUAAGCGAACCCAGCAACGUGUUCGAAAGGGCGUUCAAUCUCGCUGCUUUCAUCGUAUCCAGACUCGGAACGGCCUUGUAUAAUUGGAUGAGUUCUAUCCAUAUUUGGAGACGCAUUCCAGACUCCCCUUCGAUGGCACAAUUAGUCGAGAACAGCGAGCACACAUUCAUCCUCCACGAUUAUUUUGUGGACGAGACGAAACAAUUCCCCGAUGAUUCUUCUUUGGUCGGCUGCUAUAUGUGUCGUCCUCCAAAACCUCUCGAGACGGAUCUCCAAACGUUCAUGGAUGAGGCCAAGAGUGUCGUGAUAAUCUCUUUCGGAUAUUCCUACACAAAACCUGGAAUUUUCCCAGAUAGGCUCUGGAAUGGGAUCAUGGGUAUGGCAAGGAAGUUUUCUGAUCAAGGUGUCAAAGUCCUGAUGAGUUUCCCUGGUCAACCGGCAGAACUUCCAGGAAACAUGAGAGUUGAGCCGUGGCUCUCCAUGAUGGACGUCUUGGGACAUCCCAAGACUCGUGUGUUCAUCAGUCAGUGUGGAGGAGGGAGCGUGAUGGAGUCCCUAUAUAAUGGAGUGCCAGUCGUCGGGAUUCCCCUGUUCGGCGACCAUUUUGAGAUGUGUGCGCUUCUGCGAAGGCGGGGACUCGGGCACACGUUGAACAAGAUGAACGUGGAUGCCAACAUCCUCACCGAAACCAUCACAGAUAUCUUCAACGACCGUGAAAUGGAAAAGCGGUUGAAAAACGUCUCCUCCCUCAUGCAUGAUAUCUCCCCUUUCUCCCUACAGAACAUCGUGGAUCAGAUCGACCACAUCUCCCAUCAUAACAGCGUCACGGACGGCCUUCGACUGCACACAGCCCGCUACAAUUCUUGGGAAGUAUACAUGCUCGAUCAACUCCUAUUCUUCGUGUUUUUUUGGUGCGUUUCGAAAAUCGGGCUCGGGAUCUGCCACCAAAAAAUGAACGCUUGA